AUGGAGUCAGCUAACGAAAUCGACUACAAGAUUGUCGACGUCCCAACUCGCGCAGUGGUCUUGUUUCCUGGCAGAGCGCAAGUUUUCAGAGACAUUAAAGACAUCAAACUCAGGCCGGGCAUCAAUGAGGUGACAAUUAGUGGUCUCAGCCCAACUCUGGACGAGGACUCGGUCAAAGUAGAGGGAGCAGGGUCCGCCGUCAUCACGGACAUUUCAGUGGAGGCACUACCCAACCAAAACAAUUUUGAAGAUGUAUAUCCCAACGAGGCCUCUUCUGACGAAGAAGAGAGCGAAAAGGAGGACUCUGACUCCGAGGAACUCCACACCGCCCAACUUCGUGUUACGGAACUUCAGGAUGAGAUGCGCCUCAUCACGGACACUAUCGACAGUGUAGCCAAACGGCAGACAAUCAUGGACGUCCGAAGUGAGGCCAUGGACAAGAUGGAGCAGGAUAAGGGAGCUCGGCUUUCCGAGUUACUGGCCGCGUACAGGAGUGAGCGGGCCGCAUUGUGUCAAGAGAGACUGGACGCGGUCAAGUCACAGCGCAAUUUGCGGAAAAGUCUAGACACUGCGCAAGCUCACUUGAAAUAUUUGCAAAAGGCGGCUUUGAAAGAGUCGCGGGAGAGGCGCAACGGGAAACGAAGGCAGCGAGAACGAGAGCAACGACGGCGAGCGGGUCGCCGCGAGGAACAGGAGCGAAUCCGACGAGAGCAAAUUAGGUUCUGGCCAAAGUAUUGCUACUCCGUUAAGGUUACGCUCGACGUCAAUACCAUGACGCCCAUGUCGUCACGUCGGGCGUCAGUCGCCAGUGAGUCUGGCCUGGUCCAGGCCAUCGGUGUCAGCGCAGGCACCACAACAGCGGGGGGGGCCGACGACGAGGUCUUUCAGGACUGCAUAUCCUGUAGUCUCUUCCUCUCGUAUGUAACAUCAGCCGCCAAGUGGACACCGAGCUACGACCUCCAGCUGUCGACCACGGGCGCCACGGCGACGCUCUGCUUCGAUGCCAAGGUGUCCAACCAGACGUCGGAGACGUGGAGCAACUGUCGCGUCUCGCUGUGCACUUCCGACGCCACGGUCGCGGGCGUCGACUCGGAUCUGCCCGAGCUGACGCCGUGGCGCAUCCGUCUGGUCGGCAAGAGCAGCUACGCGUACCAAGACAGCGAGGAGCUUAUCACGCGCAGCCGCACCGAAGUGCACGAGUAUCGGUCGCAUGUGCUAGCGCAAAAGAAGCGUAUCGUGGAGAAGAAGCCGAGAGAGGAAAUGUUUGGUCUCGUUUCGCGACAUGACCCGGCCUCCGUCGACUUUGACCUCGAUUUUGAUUUCUGGGACCAGGCGGCUGCAGGAGAAGGCAGGGAUGAUACUUCAGAGGCAGCGCCCGUUGUGGACGCUAUAAGGUGUGCGAGCGUGGGCUUGGUGAAAAGGAAAAAGAAGCUGACGACGUCCGCUCCAAUGCCCAUGGCAGCUUUAGCCGCUCCCGCCGCCGUUGCCGCGCCGUACGGCGCCUCGGACCCCUAUGCUGAGCCGGACACGGUCGACUUUGAGGACUCGCUCAUUGAAGAAGCGGGCAUGACGACCAGCUACGACCUGCCGGGCCUCAAGACGCUCGCGCCCAAGUCCACCGAGUCUAAGCAGCGCGUGGCGCGCAUCACAUUUGGCAGCGUCACGCUCAGUCACAGCGUCGUCGCCAAGUACCGUCCCGUCGCUUACCUGCAAGCCAAGCUUAAGAACAACAGCAAGCUGACGCUCCUGCGCGGGCUCGCGGGCCUGACGCUCGACGGCAGCUUCAUGGGCCGCACGGCGAUCCCGCGGUGCAGCGCCGGCGACAUCUUCACGCUCAACCUCGGCGUCGAUCCGGCCAUCCAGGUCUCGUACGCCAAGCCCGACGUGCGCCGCGCCACGACGGGACUGUUUAGCAAGGAGAAUAGCUCAGUGUUUGCGCGCGCGGUGGUGUUGCAUAAUACGCGUCUGACGGCGGCUGGGAAGCCCGCGCAGCUGCAUGUCCUGGACCAGGUGCCCGUGAGCGAGGACGAGAAGCUGCGAGUGGAGGUGGUCACGCCAAGGGGCCUCUCGCUGGAGGGGUCAGUGGUGGCGGGUGCGCCGGGCCGGGAGGAGGAUAACAGGGACCGGGAAUGGGGAAAGGCGACGGCGCAGUUGAAGAAAGGGGGCGAGGUGAGCUGGGAUGUUAGGCUGAAUGCGGGCAAGAUGGUCAAAUUAUGGCUGGAGUAUGCGGUCUCGGCACCGAGUGGCGAUGUCGCAGUUGAAUGUUGA